AUGUUAAAGAAGGUGCUGCUAAUAGGCGGCGGUAGGGAGAAGAAGGGAGCGCAUCUGGCGGUGUACAUCGGCGAGGAAUUGCGGCGGUUCGACAUCCCGAUCGUGUACUUCCGUCACGAAGGGUUCGCGAAGCUGCUGCUGGAGUGCCGGGACGCGGACGCGCUGGAUUUCAACACCAACCUGCCGAUCGAGAUCGAGUCGUGCUCGGUGGAGAGGUUUCACCGGAUUUGGAGAAGCGCCGUUGAGGAGGAGGCCGACGCGCUCCGUCGUCGGCGGUAG